CUGGGCUAGAGCCCGCUGUCCGCUCCUAUUCCCUGGCCCCUAGCUCUCUAAAGCCUCUUCGUUCUCCGAGGGGUCGAGGGUGGGUGGGUUUCUCCCGGCAGCCGCGGCUGGGGCAACGAACGGAGCCGCCUCCGCAGCCUUGGAAGGCUCCCGACCGUGCGGCUUCACGAUGCGGCGGGGCCUGGAUGCGUGAAGCUGCCCUCGGAGCGUCGAAUUUUUAAAAAAGGCUUUAUUUCCUCGUAUGGCAUAGAAGAUGAGCUCUGCCGCCACGAACGACGAGCCUGAUGCACUGUCGGUGGUUAACCAGCUUCGGGAUCUUGCAGCAGACCCACUAAAUAGGCGAGCCAUUGUCCAGGAUCAAGGAUGUCUGCCAGGCCUUAUUUUAUUUAUGGACCACCCCAAUCCUCCAGUUGUUCACUCAGCUUUACUAGCUCUACGCUACUUGGCAGAAUGCCGGGCUAACAGAGAAAAGAUGAAAGGUGAACUGGGCAUGAUGUUGAGCUUGCAAAAUGUAAUACAAAAGACUACUACUCCAGGAGAGACUAAACUUCUGGCUUCUGAAAUCUAUGACAUCCUUCAGUCAUCCAACAUGGCAGAUACUGGCAGUGUCAAUGAAAUGAACUCACGUCGAAGGAAAGCUCAGUUUUUUCUCGGGACUACGAACAAGCGUGCCAAAACAGUGGUUUUGCAUAUAGAUGGCCUUGAUGAUUCUUCUCGGAGAAAUCUUUGUGAAGAGGCCUUGUUGAAAAUUAAAGGAGUUAUUAGUUUUACAUUUCAAAUGGCUGUUCAGAGAUGUGUUGUACGAAUACGUUCGGAUUUGAAAGCAGAGGCUUUGGCAACAGCAAUAGCAUCAACCAAAGUUAUGAAAGCACAGCAAGUUGUGAAAAGUGAAACAGGAGAAGAAAUGCUGGUCCCAUUCCAAGAUACUCCUGUAGAAGUAGAACAGAAUACAGAUCUACCUGACUAUCUGCCGGAGGAUGAAAGUCCUAUAAAGGAACAAGAUAAAGCAGUGUCUCGAGUUGGGUCACACCCAGAAGGUGGAGCCAGCUGGUUGAGCACAGCUGCAAACUUUUUAUCACGUUCCUUUUACUGGUGACUUAAAUUUGAGGCUCAAGGACUGUGUGAACCAACAAGGGGCCAGUUUUCCAUUGGUGUGGUGAACUGUCAAGUGCAAUUUGCAAUAAGUUAUCAUGAAAAGUUUUUAGAUUACAUAAUUACGUAUGCUGCAUUUUUGGAGGGUAUUUCUUGGUUGUGUUUUCCUAUGUUUUAUUGCCUCACUUAAAAAAUAUACGUAUAUGGGUCCACUAUUAAAACCAAACUUUUAUGCAUAUGCAGCUUUAAAUUUUACUUCACAUGCAACAUGUGAUUAGGCAAAUUCUCAACUCAAGUCUCAGGACUUUGUUUGCAGGGUAAUUUUUUUUAUCCCAAGUUGUACCUGAGUCAUUAAACCUUUUAUUUUUUUUUGGAGGGGAGGAGUGUGGCUGGGCGGGAUGGGCUUCUUUGUUUCUAAUGAAGGAUGUUCAUUUUGUUACUCUUUACCAGGAAGCCAGAGGAAAAUAUACCUGCAAAAUAAAAUACCUGAAAAUAUACCUCCCCUUUUUCCAUCCCUUUUGUUUUGCCAACCAUCUUUGCAAAGGCUUAAUUUUCUGUAGCAUUUUCUGAUUUAGAAUUUAUCUAUUUGAACACAGUAAUCCCUAGAAUAUAUUUUAAAUUAUUUUGUUACUCCCAGAACAUUGGUAUUUUGUAUGAUUGACAAAGAAUUGAGUAGAAGAAAUUGUGAUUGUGUUGUUGGUUAUACUGCUUUCAAAGAAUAUUUAACUGUGUGCAAUGGCAUAUAGUUGACUUUGACUGCUAUUUAGUCAGGCUCAAAUCAGAUCUGGAAAGUUAUAAUUUGCUCAAGUGAUGUCCAGUAUAGUCUUACCUUAAGCAGGAAGUGGCUUAUAGUUCUUAGUUUGUAAUUGUACAUUAUCUCCUACUAGCAAAAAUAAUGGUAGUUAAAGCUGAUGUGAACUUGAAAAACAGCACAAUGGAAUGAAUGUCUAUUAUGCCCCAGUGCCCCUGCAGUAGAUUCUGAACUUAAGCAUCAGUUGCUUGGCAAGUGUCCAUUCAGCAGAUGUUUCCUUAAAUCACCUCUUUUGAAUUUCUCAUGCACAUGCAGCAGUAGGUAUUAUUAUACAGGGUAGGGUUGAGGGAGGGAGUGAGGGAAGAAUCCAAACAGUUACUACCAUUUAUAGACAAAAGUAGCUUUUGUUGAAGAAUGUCUUCGGCCCUUUAAUCUUGUCUCAUCACAUCUGGUCAGUUUUAAAAACAAUUUUGGCAAAGGUAAGAUUUGUUUUGUUUUUGUAAAUUUGAUGUAAGACGUGCACAAUGCUCAAGCUUCUGAACUAUUUGGAAACUAAGAACAAUGCUCUCUGGGAGUAUGACUGACAAACUUCAAUGUUGUUGUAAUUGAAAACCAAUAUGAAGUGGUUGAAGAUGCUGUCUUUCUGGCAACAUUCGCAACUCUUAUUACUUUGAAAUACAGUGAAAAUUUAGCCUAGAAAGCCUCUUCUUCCUAACAAGUAAAAACAUUCAGCAUUAUGAGAGGGAAAUUAUUGUGAAAUUAAUACCACUAAUGAAAGUCUUGAAUUCAUCAUUCAUUUGAAUUGUGGCUUUCUGGAGGAGAGAGGGACAUAUUUGCAGACUAGUUGUUUGUGGGGUGUUUUGGUUUUUUUUUUAAGUGUAUCUAGUCUUUGAUUCAGGUGACACGCACAGGCUGAAAAUACAAGCUUUGAGGAGCAUGUAUUGCUUUAAAUAUGUAUUACAACUUGCUGCCUAGAAUGUUACAAUACCAGAUGUAUUUUUUUUAAAAUCAUCCUUUCUGUAGCCAUGAAUGCAAAGUUUACUUUUCUGUAUUAGCAACUGUUUGCAUUUUAUUUUGCAUUACAUCUACUUGUUAAAUAAUGACAUCCCUUUGAUAGUAAUGGUUCAAGUACAAGUAGGUAUUGCAGUUUUGAUGUUUGUGUGUUUAAAUUCGAAGUAUGCUUCUUUUGCUAGUGUUGCAGAUCUUGUAGAACAGUUAAGGUAUCUGUA